CUGCAAAACACACAGCGCUGUGAUGUGUGGGCUCCUGCAUUGUGCCACACAAAUCUUGUGAUUUAUCCGCACACCGUGUAGUUUGACUGCCAGUGACUCGCCCAACCUCUUGAAGUUGGAAAUCUUCCUUAGACUGAACACUCACACAUAAUGGAUGGGCAUAGGCUAACAGGACGACCCUAUUAGUCUCCAUACAACCCAUCAAAAAGUAGCCUAAGAGUCAAUGUGUUUCUGGAUCAAGUGAGAGCAUGGCACAGGUAGAGGAGUUUCAAACAGAGGGAGAGGGCAGCCCCAAGAUGAUCUCCUUAAGAUCAGACACAUCAGGGAACCAUGUGGACGAUGGAGAAGUGGCGCCCUCCAUAAGGAGGAAGAGGAGGAAGAAGAAAGACCCGCGUCCAGAGUCCAUUAUUGUUUACCGCUCGGAAAUGGAGAGGGCACCUGGAGAGGACCAAGGUGGUGACGAGGGAGCGGAGAGGAGCUCAGAGGAGGGAGCUAAAUUCCUCUGCACACCUACAGGCGAAGGAGGAGGAUGGAGUCUUCCUCCAGACAGCCGCUACGUGACCCUGACAGGCACCAUCACCCGAGGGAAGAAGAAGGGCCAGGUAGUCGACAUUCACCUCACUUUGACAGAGAGGGAACUCAGGGAUCUGGCUAAGUCAAAGGAACGUCUUGAUGCAGAGUGCGAGGGAGGAGACGGCGCUAAACGCAACUGCAGCUUAGGUGUGUGCCAUGGACCCCAUAUCGUCCUGUGGAGCCUCUCUUGUGCACCCGUGAUUUUCCUCCUCUCCUUCAUCACUUCCUUCUACUACGGCACUCUAACCUGGUACAAUGUCUUCCUGGUGUACAAUGAGGAGCGGACGUUCUGGCACAAGAUUACAAUAUGCCCCUUCCUCAUCAUCUUCUACCCCAUGCUCAUCAUGCCCAUGGCACUGUCUCUGGCUCUGUACUCCGCCUUGGUGCAGGUGUCCUGGGCCUUCAGCGAGUGGUGGCAGGAUGUGAGAGACCUGGAGAAAGGCUUCUGCGGCUGGGCCUGUGGGAAGCUGGGGUUGGAGGACUGUUCCCCCUAUAGCAUCGUGGAGCUGCUUGACUCUGAUACUGUUUCUGGCACUCUGCAGAGCAAGGCCCCCAGUGAACUCGCACAGACGUCCUCGGUGUGACGGGGGGGGGGGGGGGCCAAGGCACAUGUUGGUGUUGACUUAUUUUCAAGUGAUAUGACACCCAUGCUAGAACGUUCAAGUCAGUCACAGGAAAGCACUUAAAAGCUGUUUACUUUUCUGUAAAUGAAAACUUACCAAACACUGCCUGAAUUGUCCUGAAAUGCUGAAAUAUUGUGUAUAAUUUUGUAAAAUAUUAUUGGAGUCAGAUCACUCUAAAUGAUUCCUCUUACCAUGGGAGUGGUAAUGUUGGGUAUUACAUUUAGGUUGUCAUUGGUUAUCCUCCAAUCACUGAAUCAUACUCGUGACCUUUUGACACAUGAAGGCCUGAGUGCUUCCUGUAGUAACACUUAGAUAAACUGGCGGUGGACACCGACGCACACAUUGUUGGAGGCCUGGAAAUCAAACCAAGUUUAAUUUCAUCUGUAAAUAUCUGUAAUUUAGUGUGAUCACUGAGCUGCAAAUGAAGAUGCAUUUAAAAGGCAAACCUGUCUUGUAUGUGAAGUCAUCUUAAUUCCUCUGUGAUGUUGUAGUUGAA